AUGACGAAAACACAUAACUUUAAUAAUAACACGUCUUAUGAGACAUCUUUAUGUGACAAUGCAAACAAAUUACAAGCUAGUUGGUUUCGUGACACCAUGGCUCGCGAGCACCAAAAAUUCUGUUCUUCUAUCCUUAAAUCUUUGAAAAACCAUCCAUCGGCAGUUCCUUUCCUCGAACCAGUUGAUCCGACAAAGUAUGGGGUCACCGAUUACUUUGAUAUUAUUAAGAAACCUAUGGAUCUUGGAACCGUCGAAAAAAAACUAAAUAACUACGAAUACUCCACCGUUCUCGCCUUCGUCCAAGAUGUCAGGCAAAUAUUUGCAAAUUGUAUCAUGUACAACGGCACGGCACAUGCAUUUUCCGUUUUCGCAAAGGAUCUUGACGCUUUGUUCAACCAGUUGCUUAGUAAAAUGCCUGGACUAAAGGAAGAACCCCCUGUUAAGACAGAGUCUUCUAACGUACCUGAUUCUAAGAUUUGUCUUUCUGGGGAGCCAUUUGCGAGUAAAGCUCCCGUUGAAUCGAUAAAACGACCAAAGAGGACCAUUAAAGCACCUUCUAAAGAUCUACCUGAGGCCCCUUCGGUUAAACGUAAAAAAAGCAAAUUAAAUCAGGAACUUAGUUUCUGUCGUGAUGUAAUCAGGGAGUUACGUAAAAAAGUUCAUUGGGCUUACGCUUAUCCUUUUUACGAACCUGUUGACGCAGAAAAAUUAGGUGUUCCUGAUUAUUAUAAGAUUAUAACAAAUCCUAUGGAUCUUUCUACUAUAAAUAGAAAGUUAGAAAGCGGACAGUAUUCAAAUGCUGAUGAAUUUGAGUCAGAUAUCCGUUUAAUGUUUCAGAAUUGUUAUACGUAUAACGGAAGGGGUUCUGAAGUAUAUAAUAUGGGGAAGAUGCUUGAAGCUGUGUUUGAUAAAAAAUGGUCAGAGAAACCUAUUCCUCAAUUUCGACGACAAAUCAAAGCUGAAGAUUUUUCAGAGUCGAAUAGUUCAUCAGAUGAUGACGAAAGUGAUGAUCACAGUGAUCACAUAAGAGCUUUGCAGAUACAUUUAGAAGCUCUGUCAUCAGAGAUUUCUCAGAUAAGAAAGAAACAUAAACCGUCCAAACUUAAGAAAAAACACGGUUCUAAAAAAAGUACUUUGACUCAAUCAACAGCAACGGGUAAAAAAUCACUAAAACGUCCCAAAAAAGAAGCCAAAAAAUCAUUAAAGACACCUCGAGGCGGUGUUAAAAAGCCGUUGAAAAGCCCUCGCUCGACAAUUAAGCAAGAAGAAAAAGGCCUUACUCCUGUUCAGAAGGUUGAACUUGGACAUCGAAUUCAACUUUUAUCAGCUGACCAAAUGGCAGUCGUAGCUAACCUUAUCCGUGAGAGUGGUGCACCUAUACAGGAUGAAGAUGGUGAAUUUUCUUUUGAAAUUGAUUCUCUAAAUGUUAAAACUGCCAGAGAAAUGUACGACUAUGUAAUACAAAAUACGGUUGAAAAGACAAAAGUUAAGAAGAAGCAACCUCCUGCAAAGAAACCUCGUACACAAUCUCUAGUAGAAGAACAAGAAGCCCAAAUUCUUGCUCUUGAAAGAACAUUGGCAAAAUUUGAGCGAAACUCUGCUACCUCAACUUCUGAAGGUCAAAAUGAAACUGACAAUUCGAGCGAAAGUUCUUCAGAUAGUCAAAGUUCUAAUGAUGGCUCAUCUGACUCUCAAAGCUCCGAUUCAUCUGGUUCAGAUUCUGAAGAUUCAGGUAGUGAGUCACCAUAG